AUGUCCUCAUUCCUGGAGUUUGCAAAACCCAAAAUGCUCGAUAUCAAAAAGAAGAUCAAUUUCGCCGAUAUGUCCGGCGAGAAGACCGAUGAGUCUUCCACACAACAGCAGCCGGAGCAGCCGUUGGUUCAACAGACGACGCCGACCGCGAAAGCGACUAACCCGUUUAUCACCCCGAUGACCGAGAGUACACCUGGUAUGUCAGAAUCAUGGGUAGAACUGGCACCUAGUCGUACCAGUCUCUGCAGCAGUGUUGAUAUCAACAUGGUCAUUAUCGAUGAAAAAGACAAAGACUCGAGGUUGAGCCCAGUAUCGAUUGCUCAAUCUCCACAUGUGGAAUUCGAGAGUUUGGAACAAGUCAAGUACAAACUAGUCAAAGAAAUGUUGCCACCCGGGAAGACAGAUUGGAUCUGGGAUUGGAGCAGUCGGCCGGAGAACACACCACCAAAAACUGUCAGAAUUGUACAAUACGGAUCCAACCUUACCACUCCACCAAACUCACCAGAACCAGAAAUGUAUCAGUACAUGGCAUACGAAUCAGAUUCACUUUUCAACGUCAGAGUGGUCUUUGGUUUUCUAGUCACCAACAUCUUCAGUUUUGUCGUCGGAGCCGCAGUUGGAUUCGCAGUGUGCCGGAAAAUAAUCAAACAUCAUCGUCAUUAA